AUGUUAACCCGAACUAGAUCCAGAGCACUGAAAACAUCCCCGGACUCGUCGCUCCGCUCCGUCUUGCCGUCCCCGGAAGCUACAACAGAAGUUCCGGCCUUGGCUGAGGCGUCGAGCUUGACUUCAAGCGACGAGUUUUUCUCUCCGCCGACGUCGCCAACACCUGUACGUCGGCAGGGGAGAGGCCGGCCACCGACCAGCUUGGGAUCCCGAGGACUACUGACCUCGAACAGGGUCCCCGCUACCGGUGGUGAUGUGCGCCGCAUGAAGUGGACAAAGUCUAUCAAUGAAAAUGUCAUGCGGGCAUAUUAUCGGGCUACAGAGGUGGGAACGAACCUUACUGCGUACCGUGUUCGACUAGUCUCUUUGUUUCUGGUCACUUCCCUUCGCGGCACCGUGCGACUAACGUGUGACUUCAUGUGCUAA